AUGUUUUUGGACAGAUUCAACAAUUACACUUCAUUGGGUAAACACAUCUUCACACAUCCUAAAACUUUCGUGGCAAAUCGGGUCGCUGAAAUGCAAUCUUUAACUCAAGUAGGAGAUUGGCGAUACGUUCCCUCAAAAGAAAAUCCCGAUGAUCUGUUAUCUCGCGGUGUCACAUCGCAACAAAUUUUGGACAACCUUUUUUGGAAACACGGGCCACAUUGGCUUAGUGAACAAGAAGGUUCCUGGCCUCCAGGUCAGUGUUUCACGGGAGAACGUCUUGAAAAACGAAGUGAGGCGAUCAUCAAAAUGUUUAAAUUAACGAUUGCCGGUUACAAUCUAUUAGAAAAAUACUCAUCUUUCGAUACAUUGAUUCGAGUAAUGGCUUUUUUAGCCGAAAUUAAUUCCUCCAAGAAGAAAAUACUGCAGCUAUUACAACGCUCAGCUUUCGCAAGUGAAUUUGAACAUUUGUCCGAAAACAAACCCCUUGAUCCCAAAAGUAGUUUGUUGUGCUUAAACCUAUUCCUUGACGAUGGCAUAAUCAGAGUAGGAGGUCGAUCAGAACGAGCACAGACCCCAGAAGAUCAAAAAUAUCCCAUUGUACUACCCAAAAAUCACCAUGUAACUAAAUUAAUAAUCAGAAAAGAACAUGUACGGAAAAUGCAUGCAGGUGCUCAGGCAACACUGUAUGCAAUCCGAGAGGAGUUUUGGCCCAUUGGCGGCAGAAAUAGUGUGAGAAUGGUCAUUCGUCAGUGUGUAUCAUGUUUUAGGGCCAAACCACGCGGAUCAAUUCCUCUAAUGGGCAAUCUCCCUGAGACCCGAAUAUGUCAAAGUCGUCCAUUUUUAAACGCCGGUAUUGAUUAUUACGGUCCAUUUUUCGUUAAAGAAAAACGACAUACAAAUUUAAAACGAUUCAAGGCAUAUGUAUCUGUCUUCGUCUGCUUUGCGACCAAGGCCAUACACUUAGAGUUAGUGUGCGACCUAACAACCGAAGCCUUUCUUGGAGCGCUUAAGCGAUUUUGUGCGCGUAGAGGUAAACCGAAUAAUAUAUACUCAGACAAUGCUACGAAUUUCGUGGGGGGUAAUAAAGAAAUCAAGGAAUUGCAUAAAUUUUUUCUCUCUGCAUGUAACGAUCAGUUAACGAUACGACAAAUGACAAAUGAAGGAAUUAAUUGGCAUUUUAUUCCUCCUCGCGCCCCUCAUUUCGGAGGAUUGUGGGAAGCGUCAGUCAAGUCAUUUAAGCAGCACUUGAUUAAAACAGUCGACAACACGUUGUUGACCUACGAUCAAUUAGAGACCUAUGUUGUGGAAAUUGAAGCAAUUCUUAACUCCAGACCAAUAUCACCUCUCUCAAACGAUCCUAAUGACCUUCUCCCAUUAACACCUAGACAUUUCCUGAUACGCAGUUCAUUAUCCACGAUCCUUCAAGCCAAUUUAGAGAAAAUACCAACUGGCCGAUUAUCAGCAUGGCAACAUGUUCAAAUGUUGCGCCAACACUUUUGGAGACGCUGGCAUCGAGAAUAUCUUCACCAAUUAACUACUAGAAGCAAGUGGCAAAACAACCGAACAGAUGAAGAAAUCAAGGUUCGCAGUUUGGUUCUUCUAACCUACACUCGUGCAGUCGCAAAGUUGUAUCCACUGCCAAUUUUUUAA